AUGAAUCAAGACUCCUUGGGUAAUACCUAUGAACAGGAAACUCCUCAGGUGCUACCUCAGGUGACCAUCAACGAUCUUCCCGUGGAGGUUCUAAUUGGCAUCUUUGCAAACCUCUCGCCAGUGGAAUUCAAGAAUCUUCGUCUAGUCUGCCGAAAAUGGAACUUCGUUCUUUCGGAUCGGGCAGUGUGGGCCAAAGCGUUUGGAAACAGGUUUGGCACCGGACCCACGUUUGCCUCAGUAACAAGGUCUCAAAUGUGGCUACUGGAGUAUUUUGGACGUAUCUCUGCCACAAAGAAAUGGGCCAAAGCAAAAGCUACUGCUCAGCUGUACCGAUUAAUCAAUAAUCAGUACGGAAUAGUUGAUCACAUUGAAACUGAUUUCAUUCAUGAUCGCUUUUUAAUGUUUGCUGGUGUCUCUGGAGCAGUGUCUUAUUGUACAUUGAGUCUGGGAAAGAACCAGGUGUUUAUUCCUGAUGAUCCACUGUUCUCUCGAAUUCUGGCUUACGACGCUACAUGGACAUAUUUAUGUUGGGGCAGAACAACUGGAGAAAUAUACUUGAAAAACCUAGCGACAUCCACUGCCUCAGGAUCAAACCGUCUGUCGCUCACCAAGAUUAGAAGCGUUAAUACUACCUCUUCAGAGUCUGAGCUUCCGAUCUCGAUUGUCAAACUCAAUCGAGAACCCGAUAAGCAUAAGGCAAAGGUGGACAUUGUGUCCAUGAACACCAUGGGUCUCGUACAGUUUUGGUCAUUGCUGGGUAAAGAAAUAUCCUCGUUAGAUCUUAACGACUCUGCAUUCUUCCUCGACACGAACUUUAAGAAAUAUAUCGUGGUUGUGUCUUCGCAUUUCAUCACCUUGGUUGAUUUCAACACCCACGAGUUAUUAUCUAAAUUUGAGCAUGGAUGGACAUUUUCCGAAACUCCAGUUGCGGUAAACGUUGAUUUUGGAGAUCUUAAUGUCGUUAUAUGCGACGAAACAUGCGUGAGAGUGUUCCACUACGCAGAUUCAAGCUUUUCUGUUCUGGAGGGCAAUGUGCCCACAGAAAUGACCAUAAUUGACGGCACCAUGCAGACAUCAUCAGCAGUCAGAAAUAAGAACAUCGUUGGGGGUGAUGGGCUUCUCUAUGCCAUCACACUUUCAGAUGGCAGUGUGUGCGUGUUUAAUAUUCGAGAUGCGCCCUCCCAUUUGAAGUUCCCCGUUCGAAUCUUGCCGUUUGCAGACUCAAGGUCCCCAACCGGAAUCGCCCAAUAUACAAAAGUGGCACUCAAUAGCAGUGUGGUGGCCAUCGGAGCAUUAGCAGAUUGGAUCCAUAUUUAUGAUGCACAUUCCGGCGAAUAUCUUCGAGAAGGUGCUAAGGUUUCACGGAAAUUCACACGGAAUGGUGUAGCACCGAUACUGAAAAUUGAGUUUGGACCCAACGGCGCCUGCGGCAUCAUCGUGUGCGGAGAUGUUGUUCAAUACUUUCGGUUUGGCGAAGAGGCGAAACCCAAAAAGAAGCCCAAUGCGCCACUAGUAGCCGAUGCCUCGUCUAGACGGGAAAUGCAUCGACACAUUCAAGCACAAAUUGAUGACUACGACUCGCUACAACAUUCGGAGUUUGAGCUGGAACGCAUGGCUGACAAGUAUAAUGGCACUCGAUUUGAUUCUGAACAAGAAGAGUGGAGAGUUGCUCUUGCAUUAAGCGCAAGCUACGCAAACAAUGAGGAAAGUUUAGAUGAAUUGGAGAGAGUGAUUGAACUUCUGCAAACAGAUGUUUCUAAUGUUCUGGAAGAUGCUGUGGAUGAAGAUCUAAAGUUGGCGUUGGCAAUCUCUAAACAAGAGAGUUUCAACGUACUAAACAGUGGGGUUGAGAGCCCUGAACACGUUGGUAGUCAUUCUGGGGCUAAUGUGAGUCAAAGUCGUGCAAAUGGACAGAUCCAGAGAAAUGAACAGGAGCACAAUAGACAGGAGCAGAGUGGGUACGGAGACUCAGAAAUACAGGUUGGGAACUCCGAAACUUACGAAUCAGAUGAAGAAGUCUUGAGACGAGUAUUAGAACUUCUGCUCAUAGAACAUUAA